AUGCCGACCUCCAACAUCUCCUCGACCUCUAAGAGGUCCUCAACCUCGAACAGAUCCUCGACCUCCAACAACCCCUCAACUCCCAACAACGCUCUCAGUUCCACCAACGCUCUCAGUUCCAACAACCCAUACUCCCCGACUUCACUGGAGCGUGCGGUAAAGGCCGCAUUGUCACGCAUACCAAUGCACGCCGUCCAUACCGCGGUCUACACUCACAUCAUGGAUGAGUCAAUUGCUGGACUCCCCUCUCCCAACCGCACGAUCCCCGCAACGUUCCUACCAACUCUGCCCUUGCAGGAGAAGGUGUGGUUUCUCCGCCGCUGCGACAACGGCCGCCCGGUGCAAAUUGCCCAGAACAUUGUGUACAAUCCUUGGAUUCCCGAUGCACGCAAGAGCCACCUACUCAACAAUUUGCUCUCUAUACUCUCGUCUAUUGAGCGCAGACUUCGGGACUCUCCUUUGGGUGGCCAGCAAGCAAACCCAGACAUCCCACUGCUCGGCACUACUCCAUCAGCGUCACCAGCCGCUCACCUCGCGUCGAACAACCAGACGCCCAUUAUCGAUAAUGAGUACGUUGUCAUCGACAGUGACGAUGAUCCCAAGCCCGUGGCUCUCACCAAGAGAGAGCCUACCGCCCUGAUCAACAGCCCCGCCUUGCCGUCUGCCAUCGAGCAGGAGGCCAGUCCUGCUUUGCCGUCGGCCAUCCGACGGAAAGUCAGUCCUGUUUUACCGCCUGCCGUCAAGCAGCAAGUCAUCAUCAUCCAGAGCGACGAUGAUCCUAUCAUACCACCUCCUCAUAGCAACCACGACGCCUCCCUGCCGCCUCAUCCUAGUACUGUUGAUGACGAUGACCAGGACUAUCAGCCUUUCUUUGACAGCGAUGACCCCCCGGCUCAGAGGAAGUCUUCGCGCAUCAGACGUGGCCAAGCAGAUCCGGCCCAGCAAGAUGUGCUGGAUGACAACGAAGAUGAAGACGAAGAAGAUGCAAGCAUGGCAGGAGCUACCAAACGUGUGGUGAAUGUCUUCUCUUCUUUUGUUGUUUCUGUGCGCCCCCAGUGCAAGAGAGCGGCCUUCGACAACCCGACAUCCAGGAAGCGGUGCCAGUGGCUUGUCUGGGAGCUAUUGAUGGUCCUUGGGCUGGCCGACGACUUGGAGACUCCAUUCGAGCUUGGAGAUCGCGAGUACGACCCAACCAUGAUGGGGAGGAUUUGGAGUGGGGUGGGAUGCAUGGAGACAUUCUGGAAGUCGACACUUCGACAAAUUGUUGAAUGCCUCCCUGGCCAAUGGUUGCCUGGGUCUUCUGACGAUGCCGUGAAGAUCGGACGGCGCACAACAACGCGAUCAGCACCACUGGACACCAUGCCUUGCAAGCACUGCAGCAGAGUGCACACACCGGAGGCUUUUUACGUGCAGUGUCUUAUGCUCGGCUCCAACCUGUUCACACGAAAGGAGUUUGAUGCAAUCGGCAACGGCGCAGAAAUAUCCCAUAUAUGUGGGAUGCAAUGGUGUGCCAAUCCGACACACAUCACACACGAGUCUGGCGCUACUCGCCAGUCGAGGAAGAUGUGUCAUGAAGGUGGCGCCUGUGCUGGACAUUCACCGCCUUGUGUGACAAUGGACUUCGAGCGCCGCAACACUCCGGACUUCCUGGCCGAUAAUUUGGUCAAGCAUCGCCAGCAAUACAACGACUUCAUCGGCGACGGUCACUUCUCGUGCCGUUCUUGCAGACAGCCCUUCAGCAACGGCAAAGCUAUCAUCCAGCACGUCAUCUCAGAACAUCGUACGUCCGUUGCAGAGGUCGAUCCUGCGACUGCAGUCUGGUGCAAGGACAGGAAAGCGUGUUACAGCCUCGCACCGUACAAGGGAUGGCAUCACCACCAAAACAACCACGACAAGACCGGCGAAUGUGGUUCGCUACGGGGUCCUUUAAGAGUGGCAGAGACAUCACCACGCCCGGGGGAGACUAUUCUGCGCCGCGAUGUUAUGAAUAUUGUGGACAUCACAUUCAACCUGGAGCUGAGUGUGGACAGACCCGACUUUAUGAGAGAGCUGACUACUAUGCCCAAUAACAAGAGAAAACGAGGAGACUGAGACAUGUCGAAUGUCGAGUGUCGAGCGUGGUGUGCCGGUGCCGGUGGAGGGGGUAAUAAUCGUGGUGUUCGUGUCUUUGCAGCAGUACAUAUUCGAUCCUCUAUGACAAUGCCCUCUACUCACGCAUGCCACGCUUCACCUUCUGUGCCUAACGCCUAUCUUCAUCCUCUUCGUUUACCCACGGCCUGGUAUAGAACGCCUCCAACUCCUCGCUCGUAGGGUGGAGCGUCAUCCCGCA